UCCCCCUUCAUUGCUCACACUCUCAGCACGCACAGCAUAGGGGUAGAGUGGGAAAAAACCAAAAACAUGGCGCCAAAUGCUCUCUUCUCUCUUCCCACAUUUCGCGUCCUCGCCAUGCUCCUCCUCCUGCUCAGCCCCAUCGCCGCCGCAGGUCACGACUACCACGACGCCCUCCGCAAGAGCAUCCUCUUCUUCGAAGGACAACGCUCCGGCAGACUCCCACCCGAUCAGCGCCUCCGCUGGCGCCGCGACUCCGCUUUGCACGACGGUGCCGCCGCCGGAGUGGACUUGACCGGCGGAUACUACGACGCCGGAGACAACAUCAAGUUCGGGUUUCCGAUGGCGUUCACGACGACGAUGCUGUCAUGGAGCGUGAUCGACUUCGGGAAGACCAUGGGACCAGAGCUUGGAAACGCGCUGAAGGCGGUGAGGUGGGGGACGGAUUACCUUCUGAAAGCGACGGCGAAGGUAGGAACCUCCGGCGUGGUGUUCGUCCAGGUCGGAGACCCUUACUCUGACCACAACUGCUGGGAGAGGCCGGAGGACAUGGAUACGUCGCGCGCGGUUUACAAGGUGGACGGGUCCCACCCUGGUUCUGACGUGGCAGGAGAAACCGCCGCUGCACUUGCCGCUGCAUCCAUCGUGUUCAGAUCACGUGAUCCCUCUUACUCUGCCAUGCUCCUCAAACGAGCCGUUACGGUGUUCGACUUUGCUGACAGGCAUCGUGGUGCAUACAGUAACAGCCUGCGCCGUGCAGUGUGCCCCUUUUACUGUGAUGUCAAUGGUUACCAGGAUGAGCUUCUAUGGGCAGCAGCGUGGUUGCACAAAGCCUCCCGUAGGCGUCAGUACAGAGAAUACAUUAUAAAAAAUGAGGUCAUUUUGAGAGCUGGGGACACCAUUAAUGAGUUUGGUUGGGAUAACAAGCAUGCUGGGAUUAAUAUCCUCAUUUCCAAGGAGGUGUUGAUGGGCAGAGCAAACUAUUUUUCCUCAUUCAAAGAAAACGCUGAUGGAUUUAUUUGUUCAACAUUGCCUGGAAUUCCUCACCCUCAAGUUCAAUUUUCCCCAGGUGGGCUUAUCUUCAAGGCAGGUGGGAGUAACAUGCAGCAUGUAACAUCCUUGUCCUUCCUCCUCCUAGCAUACUCCAACUACCUAAGCCACGCCAAUAAGGUUGUGUCUUGUGGUCAGACCACUGUCACCCCUGCAUUUCUCAGGCACGUCGCCAAACGUCAGGUGGACUACAUUCUUGGGGACAACCCGUUGGGAAUGUCCUACAUGGUUGGAUACGGUGCACGCUACCCGCAGAGGAUACAUCACCGUGGCAGCUCGCUUCCCUCAGUGGCAACCCACCCGGCCCACAUAGGUUGCAAAGCUGGAUCUCAAUACUUCUUCAGCCCAAACCCCAACCCAAAUGUCUUGGUUGGAGCUGUGGUGGGCGGGCCCACUAACAAUACAGAUUCAUUCCCUGAUUCAAGGCCUUUCUUUCAGGAGUCUGAGCCCACGACAUAUAUCAAUGCUCCUUUGGUGGGUCUGCUUGCUUUCUUCACAGCUCACCCUUGAUUCUGCAAUUUGACCCUAAAAAAAUUCUGCAAAUGUAUAAUCUAUUAUUAUUGUUAUGCCUAUGUGGUGUGCAAAAUGGUCACCCUUAGAAGAAAAAAAAAACGAAAAAGAAGAAAGUGGAGAAAGAAUGUCAGUAAUGUAAUAGUAUCAUGAUUUGUGGUUGUUUUCUCUAUCCAUUAAGCUAAGUGAAGGGAUAGGGCAAUUUGUAAAGGGUUUUAGUAACGGGGCAAGUGUAGAAGGUUUAUUCUCUACCGAGGUUGAAGUGGUUUAAGUUUAGUUUUUAUCAAAUGUGCAUGCUGAAAUUUACGUCCUAAUUUUUUCAA